AGAUGCGGGCCCGACUGGCGCGGCGGGGGCCGACGACGGAGGGCGACACUGGCCGCCGAUAGCUGCUCAUCGGCGGCUGGCAGUCGCUGAUACGGCGCAGAGCACGACCGGUACGGCCUGAGCACGGCGCGGAGCACGGCGGGGCACAGCGCACAGCACGGCGUAGAGCACGGCGCCGUCGGCCGCAGUUGCCCGGUCAGUCCGCCGCUGGCCACUCCGUCAGUCACAGUCCGUCAGUCGCAGAGCGGUGUCAGUGCAGUGUUGGUGGCACGCGAGGACCGCGGAAUCUGCACACAUUGGAGGACUGGCCCGGGUGAGGCGCAGUUAUGGCUCUGGGUGAGCUGCUACACUACCACGUCAUCCCUCCGCUGUUCCUGCUGUUCUUCACGCCCGUUGUGCAGGUGCUGACCCAGCUGGGCGACCCGCGGCCGCUCGGAUGGAGUGCGCUCUUCGGCUCGCAGUUCGCGUGGGCGUUCACGGCGGUGACGCUGGUAUGGGCCUGGCUGUUCCUGGUCCUUCCGGGCCCGGUGCACCACGGGCCGACGACACACUUUGGCCAGACCCCGCCGUACCGCGCCAACGGCAUGCUCUACUACGUCUGCACGCUGCUGCUGUUCGUCCUGCUGGAGACGUGGCUGAUGCCGGGCGUCUCGGUCACCAUCUACUCCAACAUGUCGGCGAUCCUGGCGGCGCUCAACGUCACCGCCCUGGUUCUGUGCACCUUCCUGCUGAUACGCGGUAAGGUGGCACCCCAGUCCUCUGAGGAGAUCGAGCCCAAGCCGCUGCCACACGAGUUCUACCGCGGCAUGGAGCUCCACCCUCACCUGCUCGGAGUGGACGUCAAGCAGCUGACCAACUGCCGCGUGGGGAUGAUGCUCUGGCAGCUUCUGGUGCUAGUGUUCUGCGUGGCCGGCGCUCGGCUGCACGGCCUCUCCAGCGGCCACGUGGUGUGCGCCGCCCUGCAGACUGUCUACAUCGCCAAGUUCUUCUGGUGGGAGACGGGCUACUUCAGCACGCUGGACAUCACACUGGACCGCGCCGGGUACUACCUCUGCUGGGGCUGCAUGGUCUGGGUGCCGUGCUUCUACACGUACGCGGCGUUCUUCCUGACCCGGCAGCGUCCUCUGCUCAGUGACGGCCAGUCGGCGUUCGUGCUGGCAGCCGGACUGCUCGCCAUCGCUCUCAACUACCGCUGUGACCUGGAGAAGCAGCGGUUCCGGGAGUCGGGCGGCCGGUGCCGCCUCUGGGGCCGGCCGGCCGAGUACAUAGACGCCGAGUAUGUGACGGCGCAGGGCCGGCGCACCACAAAGCUGCUGACCAGCGGCUGCUGGGGCGUCGCCAGACACCUCAACUACGUGUUCGAGAUCCUGGCAGCGUUCUGCUGGUGUCUGCCCGGUCUGGGUCACGGCGUGUGGCCGUUCCUGUAUGUCUUGUUUCUGACCGUUCUGCUCGUGCAUCGUGUCUUCAGGGACGAGGAGAAGUGCAGCAAUAAGUACGGCAAGGCGUGGAAGAAGUACUGUCGGCAGGUGCCCUACAGGAUGAUACCGUAUGUGUUCUGAUGUGGCUGCUGUGAGACCGUUCAAUGUCCCGUUCGAUUUGUCGUUUUAAUUUCAGCUCUAUCAUUUAUCGAGGGGCGGGCGGUUAUUGGACGGCUGGGAGAAGGCUUAUUGCUUUUUCGAGAUGGCAAUAAAACGUAAUGAAAUUAUGAACCGUUCGUUCGGUAGUUAUGUACGUACACCAGUGUGCUUACAAUAUGAAAUGUUUGCUAAUGUUAAUGUAGCACCAACAAACUCGUCAAACGUC